AUGGUGGGUUGCGCCAGUUUAACAAGGGUCAACCAGCCAACCAAUGAUUUGAACAGCAUGCAGGAAGACCUGCCGACUUCGUGCGAUCUGUCGCCGCUGUACGAACCCAGUGAGCACAUGACGCCAUUCUGCAACGCACACGACGGUGCCAGCGCAGCGUCGAGAAAGCGGAGCACUUCGGCUUGCAGGCAUUCGACGGCGGCGCCCGUUCGGCACAGCCCGUCGGGCUCGGCCGCCCACUUAGACAGCUCCCCACCUUUGCCCGAAAGCUCUUCCCCUCUGCCAAGUGCCUCUUCGGUGAUGGCUGCCCCCUUGUCGACGAUGCCCGUGCGAAAGCCGCUCAUCGGCGACAGUAGCUGCCUAUCGUACGACUUCGCGUGCAGCUGUUCUAUACCGGAGAACCGAGCGACCAACAAGGCGCCUCCACAGCCCGCUGCUCCCUCUGGCACUAACUCGCACGCCUGCAAGCUGGCGAUAUUCAUCGGCUGCCUGAUCCUGCUGUCCCUCGCCAUAUCGCAGUUUUUAGUGACACGUCAAGGCAACUACGCGUUCUCGCUGACAUCCAAGUUCGGUCACGUUCAAGGCGACCAAAUAUUUGUGCACGGUGGGCAGCCGGUCAUUCGCUACCUUGGAAUUCCUUUCGCCGUGCCACCGGUGGGCAAAUUGCGUUUCCAACCGUCCCAGGUGACCGAGCCUCUAGGUGCGCACCUGAACAAUGCCUGGCCCAAGCGGAUUAAUUUCGUCGAGCGAGCCCUCCCCUGCCCUCAAGACAGCACGAUUGCCCCGAGCUGGAUGCAGAUUGAUCUCGAGAGGACAUCUGAAGAUUGCCUAUACUUGAGCCUGUGGACUCCGGACAUGCAGUGCCUGUUCCAGGGUCGGGACUGUGGAACUCGCCCCGUCAUCGUGUUCUUUCACGGAGGAGAUUUUAGCCAUGGUGGAAACAGGGUGUACGACGGUGCCGUGCUGUCGUCCAAGGCAGACGCCGUGGUUGCCAUACCCAAUUACAGGCUCGGUCUGUUAGGUCAUUCCACGGGGAAUGAGUCCGAGCUCCUGUUCCUGGGUUUGGGCGACCAGCUCACUGCCGUCCGCUGGCUGAGAGAGAACGUGGGCUUUUUCGGCGGCAACGCGUCUCGCAUGGUUCUCGCAGGACAUGGCGCAGGAGCCGCGUCUGUUGGCCACUGGAUACUCGGCACUCAGCCCGAAAUCGCGGACGUGCAGCGCUUCGUCAUGAUUAGCGGAAGCCCUUACGCCCGGUACAUGAAAAACGCCGAUGUGACUACGAAGAACAUGCGUAUUCUGGCCCGCCGUGUCCAGUGCGAGAGCUUCGACGAGGUCAGUUCCGUGGAGGAGAUUCUGCCGUGUCUAAGAAGGUUUCCGUCCUCGGUGCUCGUACCCCGGCUGAGGGGGCUCAACGGACGCCUCGAGGAUCCUUACACAAGCAUGGACGAUAUCCCUGCUGCGAACGAGUCGCAAAUCAACAGACCACGCGGGUCGCUUCUCUUGGGAACCACUUCCGACGAGGUUCCCACUUAG